CGCACAUGCGCAGAACGACAGGUGGUCGCCGACUCGAACCAGCCGUCCCGACCGAACCUAUCGACUUCUCAUCCUCAUCAUCAGCCGCUUUCGUGCUCUAGCAAGAACGAUGUGCAGUGCUUUGUGUUGAAGUGCUCGUGGUGACAUGGCGUCCCUUUUUUAAAGAUUGUGGAAGGUGUUAAUACUUUCAAAAUAUCGUUUAUUUACAAUGAAUGUGAACUAUGAUCGUGUUUGUAGACUGUGCUUGUCAUCUAGAGGCGAAUUACUGCCGAUUUUUCCUACCACCAGUUCCGAUGACUCGGAACCUCCCGUCCUCGCUUUGAAAAUCAAGGAUUGUGUGUCCAUUCAGAUAAACGAAAAUGACGACCUGCCCACUAAUGUCUGCAGGAAGUGCAUGGACAAUGUCAAUAACUGGCAUGUGUUUAAAACUGUUUGUGAAAGGACACAAAACAAACUACAGUCUCUAAAAGAUGGCAGCCAACUAGAAGAGGUGAAAAUAAAAAGUGAACCAUUAUCUGAUGAGGCUUAUGAUGAUGGAGUGGUCAUUGAUGGCUCAUAUCCUGUCAUUGAGAAUGCUGGCCUGUCAAACAAAGUGCAACCUGAAGGUCCCCCAAUCUUGGCUUCAUUGGGGCUCACACCAAGAAGUGAUAAGGGUGCAGAGAGUGAGAACAACGAUGAGGACGAGGAAGAAACUAACGAACCUGAACCAGCACAAACGUAUCCGAAAGUGCCGCAUAUGCCGGAGGUGUCCAUCACGGUCAUGAGGCCUACCGGUGAAACCCUACACGCACGCCAAGGUAUUCACCAACUGGCCUCCAAAGACUGUCUUGUCUGCGGCCGGUCAUAUAGGUACUCUCACAAUGCUCGGCGACAUGAACUCACCGCUCACAGCUUCGAUAGAUAUACAAACAAAAUUACGCCCAAGAAAACACUCACUCAUCUACAACCCAAGCUCAGACCAAACCCAUUCAAUCCCAAAGCACGGAUGAUGCCGAAUCCUAUUAGUCAUAAGAUGCAAUUCUUAAACAAAAACAUCCCCGCCAAAAUUAUGCCUGCAAACAAAGUUAUAACGCCUCAGAAACCCAUUCCAAUAAAGACGUCAAAGACGACGGCAAACAAUUUGCCUUAUCCAUUACGUAUAAAAGCGCUCAAAGAUUUACAAAUUAAGAAAAAGGAACCACAAAUUCUAAAAACCUUGUUAACUUCUAAACCUGAAGUUUUGGUUUCCGAACCAGAAAUUCUUAAUUCGGGACCUGAAAGUCCGGAGACAUUGAUUUCUGAGCCAGAAAUAGCAUCAUUCCAAGUCGAAGCUAUUCUGACUGAGCCUGACGCUGAUGCAUACGACCCACAAGAUGUACAGCAAGGCGACGAAGAAGGUGAUGAGGACAUGAACAAUCAAAGUCAAAAUUAUGAUACUGUUGAUAUGGACUCAGAAAACGAGAUAGAAAUUGCUCGUCAACAAGGAAUGGAGCAAGAUGGUGAAGACAAUGGUGAUGGAGAGGAUAAUAUCGAGCAUGGUGACGAUGAGAAUAACAUGGAAGGAGGUCAAAGCGACAACGAAAAAGAUGGCAAUGAUGACACAGCAGAAAGUCAAGAGAACAUGGAAGAGGAGGACAGUAUGGAUGUCAAACCUGAAACUGAAGGUGAUAUGAAAGAUGAUGACGGCCAAGAAGACAGAGAACACGACGACUCCGAAAUGAAUCACAAUGAGAACGAAGAGGAAGAUGAUGAUGAUGACCUUCCCAUGUCAUUGGCUCCCGUUGUUGAAAUAAACGAGGGACUUCAAGGCAACUCCUUCAAUAGUGAAGUCAACGAAGAUGAUGAAGAACUUGAUGAGACUGCCGACCCCAAUGAGACCCUUGACGAUGAGGAGGCCGAGCCCAAAGUACUUGAUCCUGACAAGACCUAUGUUACAAAAACACAAAGAGAUUUCAUCCAGAAAUAUCGAGACAUCAUUCAACAAAUUAACACGAAACGUUGUUUAUGUUGCGACCGUGAGCAUCCUCGGAGGAAAGCUGUUAUACAACAUUUACAAAAGAACGGACACAAAGUACCCAAACAUACGUGUUAUAAUUGUGUCAUCACCUUCGGACAUAUUGGUGCUCUGCUCAGCCAUAUGAGGUCGAAUACGUGCACCAACUUGUGGAAGAUUAUUUACGAUGAAAAUGGCAUCAGUGACGAUCAAGUGCUUGAAGACGAACCGAAAGAAGUCAAGGUUCAAUACAAAGAUAUCUUCAACGCCAGAUCUUACGCAUGCAAGCUCUGCCCAGCCAAGUUCCAGCUUAAACAAUUUAUUAUGAAGCAUGUUUUAGAUACUCAUGAAGAUGGACAAUCCCGGGUGCCGCUUACGUGUGUGCACUGCCGCAUUAGAUUCAAAGAUAAAAGUUUACUUAAAAAACAUAUCCGUAAGGGUGAUUGUACAGUUUAUGUGGCGUGCGACUUGUGCUCAGAAAAGUUCGUGAAUAUGCAGGACUUUAAUGAUCACGCUUUAGCUGUCCAUGCUGGCAGUUUCGAUCAAUCUGAUAAUCAGAGCAAAUGUGUAGACGGCCGACCAACUGACUGUCCACUAUGUGGGAAGAAAAACAGUAGCUAUCCUAAUUUAGUGAAACAUUUGAAGAUAAUACACAGUGAAGAGAAGCCUCAUUAUUGUCAACAUUGUGAUGCUAAAUUUGAACAAGCUACGGAUCUGAAUAAACACAUUUACAUGGAGCAUUCUGAUAGAACGUUAGGCAUGGUGUCAGAACCAGACAUGUCUAUUGUGAAAGAAGAAGCAGAAGAGUAUCACUACUCGUGUACGGAAUGUAACGCUAUCUUCGAAACUGUUGAUGCAUGGACCGAUCACCAAGUGGCAGAACACAAUCAAAUAGCUCACCAUUGCGACCAGUGUGAGAAGAAGUUCCUACGUCCCUCAGAGCUGGCAGAGCAUAAGAACACUCACUUGCGGGUUAAAUUCUAUCCCUGCAGUGUGUGUCCUAACUCUUACGGCACCCCGCAAAAACUUUCUGAACACGUGCAAGAGGCACAUGCAGGGCUUGGUCCAGUUGUACCCACUGAGGCUGAAUUCUUCUGCGAUAUCUGCAUUAGAUCGUUCAAAAGCCGACAGGCUUAUUCAAAUCACAUGCGUAUUCACGCUAAAGUACCUACUACUAACAGGAAGCCAGGUGUAGUUAAGGGUUCCGCACCUCAAAUAGUUGUUAAGCCCAUCAAGCAGUACCCGGUGGCUCAACCUGGCUUUUCAUGGUUUAAACCUAAUUACAAUAUUCCUAACGCUCCAUAUUCAUGUGACAUUUGUGGGAAAGGAUUCAUGCACAAGAAGAAUAUUUGGAAACAUAAGAAAGUUUUGCAUGCUGAUAUUUUGGCUGAGAGACAUGAUAGUGAAGAGAAUACCAUGCAAGCGAAUUCGACGGAAGAGGAGGAAUUCAACCCAGACGAGAACGGUGCCAUUCUAUCUACGCCUCAAUUUAAUAGUUUUAAUUUCACAAAUUUCCCGAACAAUGUGCAACAAUCGAACACAGAAACAAUGCCAUACUCGUGUGAACUGUGCUUCAAACGUUUCCCACUUAAGACCAGUUUGUGGAAACACAAACGUGCUAAACAUGGAAUCGUAAAUCCUGGUUCGAGUGGUAGCAACGACAAUGCGACCACAUCGGCCAGCGGCGGAGAAGGCAGUAGUAGGUCCAGCUGCACCAUAUGUAGAAUCACAUUUUCCGAUAAGAAAUCUUAUUAUCGCCACCGAAAGAAUGUUCACAAAUCUACAGUUCAAAUGUGCAAAAUAUGUGGUAAACCGCUAACUUCUACCUUAGAAUUAUAUGAACAUUUGAAGGCUGCGCACGCCAGAGAACUAUUGGGUUAUAACGCUAAUCAAGGUUCCAGUAAAUCUCAAGAUAUGACACAAGAAGUAGAACCUGAUUAUGAAAACGAUCAGGAAUCUGCGGAUCCCAGUGUUGAUUAUCAGGCGCGGUACCCCUGUGACACUUGCGGCAAACAGUUUGUUGGUUUGUUAGCGUUACAAAACCAUCAGUGUAUCAAUCAACUACCGGCGCAGCCGCAGACAUUUGACUGUGAGAUUUGUCAUAAGAGCUAUACAUCAAUUUCUGCACUAAAAAGUCAUCGUGGUUGGCAUUUACGUUCGCCUGAUGGAAAAGCAGCUGCCAAUAAUUCUGGACUUUGGAUGCCUCAGCACAAAGUUACUAGUAAAAUAAGCAAACAUGAAGUUAUUGAUCCUUCGCAACUUGCCAAGGUCACACAUACCUCAACGCCUGUAAGUGCAACUGCGGCUAAAAGAAGGCUACCUCCAGAAGUAGAAGUGACAGUUGUGAACCCGAAUAAGAAAUUACGAUCAGAUGACUCGGUGGACAUGGAUACGCAAAACUCUGGUUCACUUGAGGAUAGGUACUGUACGAUUUGUGAUAAAGAGUUUACGAAACGGGCGGCGUAUCAACGACACAUGGAUGAAGUGCAUCAACCGAAUUCCGUGUUUUGUCCGGUCUGUGAUAAGAGCUUUACGAGAAAGUCAACGUUGCUUAUUCAUAUGAAGAAGCAUUAUGAGAGUGGGGAGGGUAGUUCGUCGGCCACGGGCCAAGGGGACGAUGACAUGUUCUCUUGUGACUUGUGUGGCGCCCAGUAUGACAGUGACCAAGCGUUGAGGGCGCAUCGAGCGAGGCAUCACGGUGAAGAAGAAGAAUCGGCGGAAGAGAGUGACGACGGAAAUGUUCCUGUACCUCCUCCUGGAGAAUUUACUUGUGCACAAUGUGGUGAUGGCGUAGCCACCCCCCGAGACCUCAUCGCCCACCGCACCAUGCACGCCACACCCACCAAAUUCUUCUGUAAUAUUUGUAAAGUGUAUUUCGCGCGAGCGUUAGACUUGUCGUCGCACACACGAGCGAGACACGCCGACAACGAAAAAGUUUUUUUCCCGUGUGCCAUGUGCGAUAGGUUUUAUAUGAACAAAAAGAGCUUACAGCGGCACAUCGAAAUGGCUCACUGAUCUUCGGCUGAGACGAGCGAUGUCUCGUGAUUAGGAUAAAAUAAUUACAAUUGAAUGAAACCGUAACGCGUUUCUACUACUCGUAAUUUUAAUUUCUUUUUCUUUUGUGGUGUCCGCAUGUUUGAUACCAACGGCUUUACAUUGUACAUACAUUUGUUCGAUACAGGCACAAUAUUACAGCUCGGCUGUACAGGAACGAUCUGAUAUUGUUCUGUCGCCAUAUUAUGAUGAUGUAAUUUCUUCUAUUAAUUUGGAAUGAGAACCAAGAUUUAUUUUUGUCAUUGUUUGUUCUCGUAAAGCCUUUGCUCACGAAUUGUGUUAUUUAUUAUUACUAUUCUGUCCAUAGUGAUAUGAAGACUGUUACAGAUUCGAUUUGAUGUAAUAGUAUAUGUGGACUCACUUGGACACUAAUGUCUGUAGUAGUGUAAGUACUUAUCAUGAUUUACUAAAUAAAUUAUGAUAAUUAAGUAAAUAAUGAUAGCAAACUAUUCUAUUUUUGAAUAUUGGAAUAACGGGCCAAAAUUGUGAAACAUAGUCAAAAUCAGUCAGUGUUUAUUUGUGUAAGAAUUUGUUUCUUAUUAUGUAUGAUUAUUUUUAAAAUCGACAAAUAUGGUCUUAGGCGUUUUUCUUUAAAUUACGUUAGUUGCUUAUUUUGUAAAUAUUAAAAUAGUUAUUUUAAUUGUAAUUUGGGAUUUAAUGAGUUAUUGAUUUGGUAUAAUAUGGUAAGGUCAUUUCUGUUUCACUAAAAUGUACUGAUUAUUUUUAGUAAUUUUAAUAUAUAUUCUAUGUGAACCACUUAGGGCAUAUCGCCUCAUCUAUGGUGACAAAUAUAAUUUUGUAACAGUAGGUAGUUGGUGAUAAAGGCCUAAAAAUCUGGAAAUUAUGUAAAGUAAGACUUAAGGGUUCAUCUAAGACUUUGGAUAUUGUUAAUUACGUCUUUAUACUUUUACACAUAGAAUUCUGUAUCCUUAGUACGAGUUUGCUUUACGUUGAACGAAAACGAAACGAGAGCACGUUUGGCGUUCUGAUUGGCCGGCGCGAAUGAACCAACCAAUCAGAGCGCCGAACGCGCUCUUGUUUCGUUCUCGUUAAACGUAAAACGAACUCAUACUAAGCCAUCUGUUCCCACUGUCGACCAGUGCCAAAAAAACAUAUAUCUUCCGUUUUCUUUAACGAUAACUGGAUAUAGUUAUAUCAUAAAAUUCUAAAUAGAUAUUAAAAUGUUCCUGUAAAAUAAAGUGUAUCUUAAAAUUGUACACUGUAAAUAUAUACUUCAAAAUAACGAUGGAAUUUAUAUUUCAUAUUUAGUUUGUAGUAGUGAUAUUAGUGUUGACGAUAAAAUACGAUAUAAAAUUUAUAAUCACGAUCUGAAUUAUAAUUUUUCUAUUCAAAAUAUUUAGUUUAUCAGUCCUCUGCAUUAUUACAUUGCAUUGUAAAUAAGUAAAUAAUCAAUUUGAGCAGAAAUAAUUGAAUUACAUGUAUGUUGAAGCAAUCAAGCUGUGUUCCUUAACGGUAUUUUCGAUAACUUUGCAUUUCUCGAGUGAUGUACAAAUUAAGUGAUAUGAAGUAAGGUCUCCUUCCUGGAUCGAGUACGAUUUUAUAUGAGAGUUAAAAUUUGUUGAUGAAAAUAGUCAAUUGUCGAACAUUGGUUGCGACGCCGUGAAGAAUAAAGAUGGUUUAAUGCAAACUGCCGAAUAGUUUUAUAUUUUACUUUCUUAUGUCUGCUGUAUUCUUAAAAUAAACUUUUACAUAUAAUUAUGUUGACUAGUGAUAAGAUGGUUGGUUAAUCUAAUUGACCAAUUUUAAACCUUGUGUCCUAGACCAAAGCGCACACAUUGUAUUCAAAUCAAUUAAUAUGAAAUGGUCAUCUGGAUUUUUAUUCCUUGAUUCGUAUUAUCGUUUUAGGAUAUUUUGUGUUUUAUUGUAAGAGUAUUAAAGCCAUAAGGUUCAUUAUUGCAUAAAUAUUUUUGUACUUGACGGCGUCUGUAACGAAUGUGUUUGAAUAUUGUCCAUAGAUGAGGUACACUUUUGUCAUCUUUGUGGUUUGAUAAUAAAGUGACUUAAUGAUUAUUA